AUGGCCGACGGAGGUGAAGUCGGGGACUGGAAGCAAGAGGCCAUCUCCGGUGGAUCCUUGAAGCACGUUGAUCUCCAAACUGGCACCAAUGGCUGGGCUUCACCUCCAGGUGACCUGUUCUCACUCCGUGGGCCUCAAUACUUCACCAAAAAGUCCAAAGUCCCAUCUGGGCCGUGGCUUCUCCAGCCCGCCGGCGUCGAUUGGCUCCGAUCUAACUCCAAAUUGGAUCACGUCCUCGCUCGGCCCGACAAUCGGGUGAUGAAUUCGCUCAAGCGUGCGAAUCUCCAGGGAAGGAACAUGAAGACCUUUUUGUUCGCCGUGAAUUUGCAGGUUCCAGGACGGGAACAGCACAGCGCCGUCUUCUACUUCGCUACUAAGGAAGACGAAGGUCUCCAACCCGGUUCGUUGCUCUACCGAUUCGUUCACGGAGACGACAAUUUCCGGAACGCCCGGUUCAAGAUCGUCAACCGGAUCGUGAAAGGGCCGUGGAUUGUGAAAGCGGCGGUGGGGAACUACGCGGCUUGCCUUCUGGGGAAAGCCCUGAAAUGCAACUACUAUGUCGGAGAUAAUUACUUGGAGAUCGAUGUUGACAUCGGAAGCUCCGCAAUUGCGAGCGCGAUUUUGCAUUUGGCGUUGGGAUACGUGACGGCGGUCACAAUUGACAUGGGAUUCUUGGUGGAGUCGCAGUCGGAGGAAGAGUUGCCGGAGAAAUUGUUCGGCGCCGUCAGGGUUUGUCAGAUGGAGAUGUCGUCGGCGACUUAUGUUGAGAACAAUAGUAAUAACAAUAGCCUGAACACGGUGUCGUUUAAGAAGGGGCACGCGGUGAAUCACAGUGGGUGCAGUAGUAAAGUCCAGGAUGAAGAGGGGAGCUGA